AAUACAUGUGCUUGCUUCGAAGUCCACUUCUUCUCAAGAUUCGGCUGGGAGUUCGCUUGAUUCUGACGUCAUUCGACAUCCAGAUUAUGAAAACAAAGAAGGGUGUGAAAGAGAAAUCGGGGCUAUUUAGGAAGGGUCUGCAAAAGGAAGUGAAGUUAGGGUUUUCUUCAGGUAGUAAGAAAAAUGGGGGUGAAGGUAAGAUAACAGCUAAUUUUGAUGAAAUUGAAGCUCUUGUUAUGAUGAAUUUGGUCUCAAGUGGCAAGAUUGAAAUUAAUCUUGCAAAUGGGCGAUCUGAAACAUCCCACUUCAAUCUUGAAUCGGUGGAGUCCUUGCAUGGUAGUGAUCUUGUAAUAGAGCUCAAGUCCUUCAAAUGUCUCAGAAUUUGUCUUGCGUGGAGGAAGGAUCAAUGGUAAAUGGUGCUGGGAGGACACUGCAAGCUGGCCACAGUCCCCCUUUCGUUAGCUGUCCUGUUAUGGGAUCUGAUGAUGGUAGGAACAGUAGGUCGCGUAGCCUUCCGUCAAGAUGUGAAGGUCUGUCGAAUGGCAUGGUUCAUUCUAUUGUUGCAGGAUUUGAAAGAGGACAACCUUUGAUAGUGGAUGAUGGGAGGGUGUCGCCGGCCGUUGCUGGUGAGGCGAUGGUAGUUGGAAGCAGAUGAUGGCCUCUUAGGCUGGAUGGGGGGAUGGAAGUGCUUUAGGCCCAAUAUUUUCAUAAUGGGCUGAGGAAUCCCCAUGGAGUCAAUGUUAAUGGUUUGAAUAAUUUCUCUAUGGGUUUCUCAAAUGGGCCAGAGAAGGAAAUUGGGUUGGGUGUUGCUUCUUUGAAUAGAAUCAACAACGGUGAGGAGUUGCCAACUAGCAAUAAUUUUGGGCCUAGUAGUAACCAAAUGGUCUUUCCUAUGGACAAUUUUCAAAAUGGUGGAAAGAGUCCUCACGUGGGGGGCAGUGAAGUUGACCAAGAGGGGAGGCCUUUGGGCAGUUAGCAUCGGAGUUAGGUGUCUAUUGCCGGCGACCGGAAUCAGAGAGCUAAAAUGUUGAUGACGUACUUUAAACCGUCUAUGGAUGCACCAGGAGUGACAACAAUUUGCCCACCUGUAUCAGUUGCUAUUGAGGGAAGAACUGAAGAAGGCAGUGGGCAAAUUGCUUAGUGGGGUCGUUCAUAGAUAAAAAGCUUCCCUUUCACAUUGUUCAAUCGUAUGCGAUGAAGUUGUGGAGGAAAUAUGGGAUCACAGAGGUGAUGAUGAAUGAUAAAGUUUUCUUCUUUCUUAAGUUUGGAACUGAAUCUGAAAUGAUUCAAUGUGUGGAGGAUGGUCCAUGGCUCUUCCAAAACCGACCUAUUCUCCUUCAGAAAUGGCGUCCAGCUAUGGAGCUUAGUAAAAUAGCUCCUCAGGUGAUUCUGUUAUGGGUGAAACUGUUUGAUGUGCCUUUGGAGUUUUGGAAUAAUGUUGGCCUUAGCUAUAUCGCUAGUGGGGUGGGUGUUGAGCAUGGUUAUCAAACUUGGAUAUGGAUUGCAUUAUUGAAUAUUUUAUCAAGUAACUUAGGACAAUCAUUCAUGCGGGAAUCGCGAGUUUCGGAAAAGCUUCAGUAUUUUUACGAUAACUUGAGCUCUAAACUUCAGAUUUGGACGAUUCUUGAAGCGUUGGAAAGCUGAUUCGAAGGGCUAUAAUUCAUAUGUUCACGACUUUGCCAGAUUCUGGAGUUAUCAUGCUCGAUUUUGGACAUGUUUGAAGACUACGAAUUCUGGAUAGAUUUGAGCAAGAAGGAAGAAUAGAGGGCAAAACCGACUCUUCACAUUAGAGCUGGACUUAAUUGGGAGGAAUGAAGUUUGGAUCAGUACUUACUAUUAGAAUCCUUGAGAAGCCCAAACCAAAAGAAGCCUGGUUCCAGUUGGCAAUUAAUAAGAAAACUUGGAGUCCAAGAUAA